GUCUGUAGAGAAGGUGCUGAGGGAAUACUAGUCGGGACAUAGGAUGCCUCACCGAUAGACAAGCCUAAUGACGCAACUAGUUUACACAAUACGGCUUGAAAUUGUGAGGGACAGGAUAAUACUUGCAGGGUUUCCCAGGAUUCCCAUGACCAAAAGCAGGCAGAAGACUCUUAGACUGAUAGAUAUAACGUGACAGCUUCUACUGGGAUCAGGGAACUUCUCCGGUCAUCACAGGGUCAGUCGGUGCAAGAUACUACGAUGGCAUACAUGGUUUUACUUCUCCUGCCUUGUGUUUUCAUUGCACAGGUGCCUGUAUUAGUCUGCGGGUAUGAAAGAGUCAUCUCUCAGGAGCCAUUCAAGGAGAGCCGGAGAGUUUUCACGACAUCAGGCAAGGAAUGUAAAUUCCCAUUUCGUCAGGGAGGAAGGAUUCAUCAUCACUGUAUCACCAUCCUGUCCUCAAGACCUUGGUGCUCUCUGACGCAUAACUUUGACCGGGACAGACUGUGGGGCUUCUGUGCACCUGAAAAAAAACAUCCAGAAGGAAGAUUCGUGAACCCUUGUCAGCUGAAUCCAUGUCAGAAUGGAGGCGUCUGCUCACCGGUCCCAAACACUCGAUCUUUUGAGUGCUCCUGCUCCGAGAGCUUCAGUGGGAGGCUUUGUGAACACAAGAAGUGCUAUGAAACCGUACACCUGCGCUAUUAUGACACCGGAGAGUCUUGGGGACGAAUUCACCUCCGUAAUGUGGAACAGUGCACAUGUGUGGAAGGGGAAAUCCAGUGUGAGAGAGUCCACUACACAAUGUGUCGUUCCAACCCCUGUCAGAAUGAGGGAACGUGUCGAUUGAUCACAUCCACUGGUAAAGAGGUGUGUAACUGCAGACGAGGCUACAGCGGACCGCACUGCAGCUUCGAGCCUGAGACAGAGUGCUAUAACAGCAGGGGCACAGGUUACCGAGGGACGGCGGGCACCGCAGCGUCUGGCGCCCGCUGUCUGCCCUGGAACUCAGACCUGCUGUAUGACGAGCUCCACGUGGGCACGGUGGCGGCCUCACCCCGCAGGGGCCUUGGGGACCACGCAUACUGCAGAAACCCAGAUGGGGACAGGAUGCCGUGGUGCUACACACUUAGUGACGGCGCCAUCUCCUGGGAGUACUGUGACGUCCCCUCCUGUGUGAUGCCUGUGUGGAUGAUUCAGCCAGCUGCAAAAACAAGAAGAGCUUCUUCUCGGAGGGUCUUCAUCCUGAACUCCAAACCCGCCAUUAAAAAACCCAAACCAAACAAAAAGCCUGUGUGCGGGAAAAAGCACAAGAAGAGGUUGUCGAUAGCGAGGGGGCGGAUCCUGGGCGGGAACUCUGCGCUGCCCGGCACACACCCCUGGAUCGCGGCCAUUUACAUCGGACGGUCGGACUUCUGCGCCGGGACCCUGGUCUCCUCCUGCUGGGUGGUCUCUGCAGCGCACUGCUUCUUCCGCAACCCACUGAAGUCUCAGAUCCGUGUGGUUUUCGGGCAGCAGAGGUUCAAUGUCACAGGUCCCAACACCAGGGUAUUUGGAGUGGAGCAGUACGUCUUCCCCAAACAGUUCUCAGUGUUUAAUCCAACACUCCAUGACAUUGUUUUAAUCAAACUGAAGAAGCAGGAUGGGAGGUGUGUGAGGAAAACCCCGUUCAUCAGGCCCAUCUGCCUUCCAGAUAAAGGCAUGACGUUCCCUGAUGGAUACUGCUGCACCAUUAGCGGCUGGGGACACUUACAUGAGAAGGCGGAGCGGUAUUCCAGUCUGCAGGAGGCUGUGGUCAAACUGAUAAACCAAGAGAAAUGCAGAGAACCGCAAGUCUACGGCAACCACGUUACCUCUGAUAUGAUCUGUGCAGGACUCAAUGGAUGUGCAGACGCAUGUCAGGGCGACUCCGGAGGCCCCCUGGCUUGUGCAAGGAAUGAUGUCAGUUUCCUGUAUGGGAUCAUCAGCUGGGGCGAAGGCUGUGGACACACGAAAAAACCCGGAGUUUACACCCGAGUGGUGAAUUACAUCGACUGGAUCCAUUCAGUGAUCAGACGGAAACCCAAAGCCUCAUGAACAUUAAGACGAAAACCAGACACUUUGUACUAUAAUGUAUUUGUGGAAGUUUAUAAGUUAUCUUUUUUAACUGUGAAAGAGUAUGUGACUGAAUAAACCUCUAAUUACUUAAUAAAUAUAGUUUAUUAGAAAAAUGGUCUCUUUUGUGAAAAUUCUUGAAUCUCUGAAA